AUGGCUGAAUUUAAUUCAACUGAACACCAACACGUCCGCUACAAUCCGCUCAAAGACGAAUGGGUGCUUGUCUCACCACACCGCUGCAAGCGGCCUUGGAGUGGUCAGACCGAGAAUGAGGAAGAUGAACAGGGUCCAGACCCUAACAACCCCCUCCUGCCUAACGCCGUACGAUCAAAUGGACAGAAAAAUCCCAACUAUAAAUCAACGUAUGUUUUCCCGAACGACUUCCCGGCGUUACUGGAGAGAGUGCCUGAACCAGCUCCCUCCGAUAACCCGUUGUUCAGGUCAGCGGCAGCUAAAGGUCAUUGCAGGGUAAUGUGUUUCCAUCCAGAUUCCACUAUGACGAUACCGUUGAUGACGGUGGACGAAAUUGUAGCCGUUAUUGAACAGUGGGUAAAUCAAAUCAACGAGCUGGGUCGCCGCUACACUUGGGUGCAGAUCUUUGAGAACAAAGGAGCCGUCAUGGGCUGUUCCAAUCCUCACCCCCACUGUCAAAUCUGGGCGUCCAGCUUCUUGCCCAAUGAACCCAGGAUCAAAGAGAGGACACAAAAAGAGUAUUAUAUGCAGCACAAGAGACCAAUGCUGGCAGACUACUUGAAGCAAGAGUUGGAAAAGAAAGAGCGAAUCGUUGUGAAAAACUCUGAAUGGGUGGCUGUGGUGCCCUACUGGGCUGUUUGGCCCUACGAGACUAUGUUGCUGCCCAUCAACGGCCUACCGCAAAGACUUUCCGACUUAACUGAGGAUCAGAAGAGGGCGCUGGCUGAGAUCAUGAAGGAGCUCACCACAAAAUAUGACAAUCUGUUUAAAUGCAGCUUUCCAUACAGCAUGGGAUGGCACGGUGCCCCGACGGGACCCUCAAGAACAGUCGGAGAUUCCCCCCACUGGCUCCUCCACGGAAUAUACUUACCCCCGCUCCUGCGGUCUGCCACGGUCAAGAAGUUCAUGGUGGGCUACGAGAUGCUUGCCCAGGCCCAGAGGGACCUCACUCCAGAACAAGCCGCCGAGAAACUAAGAGAGUGCGACAGUGUUCAUUACAAGUGUAAAAAAUAA